AACUCCAUCAGACACAACCUGUCGCUCAACAAGUGCUUCAUCAAGGUGCCGCGGCAGAAGGACGAGCCGGGGAAGGGCGGCUUCUGGAAGAUCGACCCGCAGUACGCCGAGCGCCUCCUGAGCGGCGCCUACAAGAAGAGGCGGAUGCCGCCGGUCCAGAUCAACCCGGCGCUGCAGAGCCGGCUCAGGGUCAACCUCCAGCCCCAGUCCAGAGGCCCCUGCAGCCCCGCGGGAGGUCACGACGGCCUGUGCAUCAACCCCGAGUCCCACCGGCUCCUCCGGGAGUUCGAAGAGGCGACCGGCGCCGACCAGAACUGGGACCCUCAUCUGGCCGAGGGCACCAUGCUGGGGUCCUGGCCCGUGGUGCGAGGGAGGGGCGGGCACAAGAGGAAACGGAUGCGGCGCUGCAGCUCCCCGCUGCUCUCCACAGAUGAACAGAAGGAGAUCGGACCUCUGAAGGGGGACUUCGACUGGGACGCCCUGCUGGACUCGGCCCUCAACGGGGAGCUCAGUUUGGAGGGAGAAGAACCCCUGAGCCCCAUCAUGAAGGAGGGGGACCUGACGGUGCGGGGGGCCCACAUCUCUACCGUCGAAGCCCCCGCGGGGACAGCGGACAUCCACGUGUUGGUGGAGACCCAAAGGAACACCGACGGGUCGGAUUUUGACGAGGAGACCUUCCUCGCCACCGCCUUCCUGGAGAGCCCCUGGCCAGAAGAGGAGGAGGAGCAAGGCCGCAGUGAUUUCCUCUGUAGCUCCGCCGUCAACCUGGACCAGCUGUUUGACCUCGGAGACUCAUUAGGAGGAGACCCGAGCACCCGGAUUGACACCCUCCUCUGAGGAACAGUUGGUCUUCUUUCACACUGAAAAAAAGGAAUAACAGACUCUUUUUUUUUUUUGUCAACACUCAAAAAACACUUAUUGUCUUUUUCAGGAUGUUUAAAGUAUUUUUGUUGAGUUCCCUUUUGAUGCAGACUCAUAGAGGAAAUGAACAAAGAUGCCACAAUGAACAGCAGCAGCUCACAUCAUCACGGGGAAAAUAAAACUAUAAAACCUUGAAAGGACUUUUCAGAAUUAAGGCCACCAAAAAUAGACAUUUGGUCGUAGAAGCUCAGCGAGGUACCGGCAUGGAUGUCUAGAGAGCUGCAGGGAUGACCUAUUUUUGUAAUCCAACAGGAAGUUAGCAUAACUGUUUCCCUCCACAAACAACCAAUGGGAUUCUUCCAUUUGGAUUUUUGGAUUAUUGCAGAAAAUAAUCUCUGUGGCAAACAAACGUUAAUGAUACUUUCGUGUAUCCUGGCAUGCAUACAAUCACCAGAAGUUAAAAGUUAACGCAAGGGGCUGAUCACACCGACACUUGUCGCUUCAAAAAGUUCUUUAAAUGCAAAAUGGCUGCGUGCGCAACCAAUCAAAUGUAUAUGGUAAAAAAGGGAAACGCGCUCCCUCCCUCAUUGUAGCCUAUGUGAAACUAUAACAACAUGAGAUAUGAAUUCCCUCUCACAUACUCCUUAGCUUUCUCACAGCCCAAUGGCUAACAAGCGAGCUAGCCCUUCUACAUCUACCCGCAUGCAAACAGGAAGUCAGUGCUAAAGUAGUAAAGCCCGCCUCUCGUUUUAUUUGAUUUGCUGCCUGGAACAAGCAUGGCAUCGACAAACAGUGCGACUCCACAUCUGGCGCUGAAUAGUUGAGAACAUUUUACAUUUGUUAGCGAGUCUAAAAACCGCGAGAAAAACUUGGCACCUGCAUUCUCUCUAGUGUCCACCAGGGGGCGACUCCUC